AUGGCACUAGUAUCCGGUCCUGGUAGAGCCGGGGGCCCCGCAGAUACGGAACUGCAUACUUCGAAGCAUGUGACUUACGUCAAAAACUUGGACACAAGGAAAGAUGAAUUAGAAUACUGGCUGACCGAACACCUACGUCUGAAUGGUGUCUACUGGGGAUUGACUGCCCUGCACAUCCUGGGUCACCCAGAUGCCCUGCCACGAGAAGAGACUAUCGACUUUGUACUCUCCUGUCAGAGCGAUAAUGGAGGCUUCGGUGCUGCCCCAGGCCAUGAUGCCCACAUGCUGUACACCGUCUCGGCAGUUCAAAUUCUGGUCACCAUCGAUGCUGUCGACGAACUCGAGAAGCAAGACCGGGGUGGCAAGGAGAAAGUUGGGUCUUUUAUUGCAAACCUGCAGAACACAGAUGGCUCUUUCAUGGGAGACCAGUGGGGUGAAACAGAUACCCGAUUCUUAUACGGUGCCCUCAAUGCGCUCUCUUUGCUGAACUUGAUGCACUUGGUCGAUGUACCCAAGGCUGUUGCUCACGUCCAAAGCUGCGAGAACCUCGAUGGCGCCUAUGGUAUUCGUCCUGGCACCGAGUCCCAUGCAGGCCAAGUCUUCACCUGUAUCGGUGCAUUGGCUAUUGCUGGUCGUAUGGACCUUGUGAACAAGGACCGCCUUGGAGCCUGGCUCAGUGAACGUCAAAUAGAAAGCGGUGGCUUCAACGGUCGACCAGAGAAGCUUGCUGAUGCAUGCUACACCUGGUGGGUAGGCUCCAGCCUUGCUAUGAUCGAUCGCCUCCACUGGAUCGAUGGCAAGAAGCUCUCUGAAUUUGUACUGCAAUGCCAGGAUUCUGAAGCUGGUGGCUUUGCUGACCGCCCCGGGAAUAUGGUUGAUGUUUAUCAUACCCACUUCAGUCUUGCAGGGCUGAGUCUACUCCAUUACGAGGGGCUUGCUGAAAUAGACCCUAUUUAUUGUAUGCCCAAGUCAGUCACCACCAAGUGUCUUGCAAGAUAA